GGGCCAAGAGGAUGAGGCUGCAGAGGGGCUGGACUAUGCAGGUACCCCUGUUGGUGCUGGGGCUGCUCAGCCUGAAGAAUUCACUUGCCUAUGCCCAGGACCAGAGAUACCAGGAUUUAGUGAAUGAAUUCAUUCAGGAAUACAACACGAAGUCAGGAUCAGAAAACCUCUUUCGUCUCUCAGUCCUGAAUCUGCAGUCUGGGGAAAACAAGGAUCCUGCUGCUCCUCGACUUCUGAGCUUCACCAUGAGAGAGACCGUGUGCCCCAAUACUGAAAAUCCCAAUCCAGAUGAAUGUGACUUCAAGGAAAACGGGCUGGUGAAAGAAUGCAUUGGAGCCAUUGCUUUGGAUUCUCCUAAGCCCUCUGCUGAUAUUUCCUGUGAUGGG